AUGACCUAUAGGCCACCCUAUACCACUCUGGCUAAUAUUAAGCAAGAACCCGGUGAGUCUCUACAAGACUAUUUUAAGCGUUUUAAUGCUGAUGUAACAAAAGUAGAGAAGGCUCCCGAGUCUUCACUUGUAUGUAUGUUGAUAACAGGUGUCCUUCCAAGAACCGAUUUCUGGAAGGAACUACAAGCUCGAAGACCUGAAUCACUAGUCGAGUUUUUCGCUAUGGCGGAGCUGCAUAAGAGGAUUGAAAACUCUCUAGCCGAAUUAGAGAAAAGAAAGGAUAAACGCAAGUUUCCAGUGUCGCGGUCACGAUCCCGCAGUCCUAGAGGAAAAAAUUCCAGGGGAAGGAGUCCCAGAAGACGCAGUCCACAAAGACAAAGAAGUCCGAAGUUGGCCAAAUCCCCUCCAAAGAAGGAGUCGUCUCCGAAGAGGAAGGGUGGUCCACGCUUUGUGAAUUACACAGAGUUGGCAGUCCCUCCGGACCAUAUCUAUGCCAUUGAAGAGAAGAACGGGGUCUUCAAAAAGCCUCCCCCAAUCAGGGGAAACCGCGACAAGAGAGACCCGAAAAAAUUCUGUAAGUACCACAAGGAUAUUGGUCACACUACUCUGGAAUGUUGGUUUUUGCAAGAUGAAAUUGAAGAAUUAAUCAGGCGGGAAAAGUUCAACAAAUAUAAGAAGAAUGAGGAAAUUCAUCCCCAAGCGGAUGACAAAGAAGAGAAUCAUUAUGCGAGUGGUUCAAGAACUCCUCUCAAUAUAGUGACCAUUAUUGGCGGACCCCACAUCGCAGGAGAUUCUAGGAAAUCGCAGGAGAGAUAUGCCAAAGAAGCCAAAGAGAAGCCGCUCACCAAUGUGAAAAAUCUGAGUGAGCGGCCAGCAAAACAGUUCAAAAAGGAAUGUAAUGAUAUCACAUUUAUGGAAAGCGAUGCCAGAUGGGUCCACCACCCACAUUCCGACGCACUAGUCAUCGUCACUAAUAUUGGAGGAGAUAAUGUCCACUGCAUACUUGUGGACAAUGGAAGUUCCGUGAAUCUCCUGAACUUUCAGGCCUUUAAGCAGAUGGGACUACAAGAGAAGGAUCUGCGACCCGUCGUGUCGAGUAUCUAUAGUUUUACUGGAGACACCAUUGCGUUGAAGGGAAUGAUCAAACUCCCAAUUACUUUGGGAACCGCACCUGUGGUGGCCAAGUCGAUGGCUGACUUCGCGGUUAUCGGCCAACACUCGGCAUACAAUGCUGUGAUUGGUCGUCCUAUCCUAAAAGAGAUGAAGAUCGUGACGUCCAUUUAUUAUCUCACCAUGAAGUUCCGUACUCCCGCUAGAGUAGGAUCUAUGCGAGGAGUCCAAUCGGAUUUACGAGAAUGUUACAAUGCAGCGUUAAAGCUCGUAGAGAAGAAGUCAGUCAACGUUAUUUACUUGCUAGAAGCACCACCCCCUCGACAGGAGGUAUUCAGAAUAGAAGAAAUACCGCAUAAAGACGAACCAGAUUUGGAUCCUAGGAUCCUCGAUUACACUACUGCCGCCCAAGCCACGGAAGACACUAUUGAGGUACCCAUUGAUCCCAUAGAUAAUAGCAAAGUUUUGAAAAUUGGCUCUAAACUAACUUUUUCAACAACGAGAAAAGCUUGUCACUUUUCUCAAACAAAACCUGGAUGUUUUCGCCUGGAAACAUUCAGACAUGGUUGA